CGGUGAAACUCUCAACGGGUGAGCACGUUGCAUCGUGUUAGUCCGGGGAAAAUUCGAGUAUUUCGCAAGAAAGAAAGGAUUUUCAGCCGUACUUUGACGAUUCGACGCAGCCACACAGCGAGAUUUUCGCUUGUAGUCAAGUGAAAAGAAAGUCCACUGGACUAUAAACGAAAAUUAACUGGCAAUAUAGCCUUAGUUGCUGUGCCAUCAAUUCGGCAUCAUCUCAAGUGAGGUGACGCCAACCAGAAAGGAAGAAGAAGAAGAAGAAUUCGGUGAUUUUUGUGAAAAAAAUUUAACAGUGAUGAAUUAAAACCCGUUUUUUAAGCAAUAUGUUUCGGAGUAAAAUUGUUAUUGGCACGAGUGCGGUUGGAACACUCGUGGGAUGUGCUGUUAUACUGAAGGACUACAUGCAGGGUGGACGCUUCGAGCGCAAAGAUGUUCGAGCGGAUGGAAAGAUUGCUAUUGUUACAGGUUCCAAUACAGGCAUCGGGAAGGAAACAGUAAUGACUCUUGCCAACCGAGGCGCUACAGUCUACAUGGCGUGUCGAGAUAUGAAGAAGUGUGAAAAGGCUCGGGAAGAGAUUGUGCUGGAAACUAGAAAUGCCAACGUAUUUUGCCGUGAGUGUGAUCUGGCGUCGCUGCAGUCGGUGCGAAAGUUUGCAAAGCAAUUCAAGACGGAACAAAACCGUUUGGAUAUUUUGGUUAACAACGCUGGUGUUAUGCGCUGCCCACGGACAUUAACAAAAGAAGGCAUAGAACUGCAGUUGGGAGUCAAUCACAUGGGACAUUUCUUACUCACAAAUCUGCUGCUCGAUAGGCUUAAAAUGUCCGCACCUAGCCGCAUAGUAGUCGUGUCCAGUCUAGCACAUGAGCGAGGUAAAAUAAACAUUCACGACUUGAACAGCGAAAAAAGUUAUGAUCCAGCAAACGCCUACGAGCAGAGUAAACUUGCUAAUGUGUUAUUUACCCGAGAACUAGCGAAGCGUUUGGAAGGAACUGGAGUUACCGUGAAUGCAGUGCAUCCGGGAGUUGUAGAUACAGAAUUGAUGCGACACAUGGGUCUUUUCAACAGUUGGUUUUCAAGCAUUUUAAUUAAACCCUUCGUUUGGCCUUUCCUCAAAUCUCCCAUAUAUGGAGCACAAACUUCGCUCUAUGCCGCACUGGAUCCGGAUUUGGAAAAAGUAUCCGGACAGUACUUUAGUGAUUGUGCCCCGAAAGAUGUAGCCGAGCUGGCGAAAGACGAUAAACUGGCGAAAUGGUUGUGGACAGUAAGCGAUAAGUGGACUGGUACACUGACCGGAACAGCUGCCGUUUCCUGACAAAGGAUUAUCAAACCAAUCGGUAGUAAAGAUAUCAUCAUUUUUAGCGAACCAAAUCUGCGGGAAUAGCAGAGCUAGAGUUACGGCAUUGAUUAAAGUGAACAUAAAAUGGUAAAAAAAUGAUUUACAUACAUUUGGUAUUGGAAUAAUACUUGAAUUAAUAUUUUGAUAUUUCCAAGAAUAACGUCACGCUUAAGAACAUGAUAAUGCUUCUGGUUACCGUAGUGUUUAGAAACCAGCUUGAAUAGUUGCAAUAUGUCAAAGAUACCAGUUUUCAAAAUACAUGCAGUUAGGUGUGAAAAAAUAAAAUAUACGAGUCAAUAAAACGUAAGAUUACGCAAAUGUAGAUUUGGUUCAAUAAAAAUGUUUAAAGCGGA